CCACACUUCAUUCAGUACUAUUGCAUUUCGAUUCAAGAGUCUAUCUUCAUCAUGCAAGCCAAAACAAUAAGCCCUGUUUAUCAAGUGGUCUAUGUGAUUAUUCCGACAAUCGGCACAAUCGGAAAUUUUCUCAUUGUCUAUGUUACCAUACGAUCGAAGAGCCUAAGAAGUACAUGCAACAUACUUAUUGCCCUGAUUUCCGUCAGUGAUAUUAUGCAGAUGUUCGGUCUAUUCGUAAUGAUGGUCACAUACUAUACGGUUCCCGGUCACAUUAUGACUCAAGCCGUUUGCGCCUGUUGGCAACUCAUCCCUUCUUGUGGCAUGUUGCUCUCGACUAUUUGGAUACUGAACUUGGCCAUUGACAGUACUAUGCUUGUACAAAACUACACUAAGGAGUACAUCGCUAUGCAUAUCAUGCCAGCCGUACUCAUUUCCAUGGGUUUUGGCAUAUGGAUGUUUAUCGAACGCACUGAAAAAGCGUAA